AUGAAUCCGCUGUGGAAAGUCUAUAAGAGUAAAGUGAUGAAGACUCUCAAUCCAGACAUGGAGGAAGAGCCAGUGGAAGAGGUCGGUGAAAUAGCCGAAGAUAUGACGCCUAUCCAGUCCGAUGAAGGACCCAGUGCAAUGUCACAGCUGGCCAAGAGAAUGCAGGGAGCCGGGGCGAAGGGCUGGAAGAGUGUUUCAACCCUCUUUAACAAAGAUGAUGAGCACCAACUUCUGGAGGCCGAGAACCAGCCUGCAGCAGAUCAUCCAUUGGCAGUGAAGCCUGAGGAGCCUCCAAGACCCAUCAAACACAACACUGGAUUCUGGGAUAGUUUUGCGACAAAGUGGCACCAAGCUGCUGAGAUGAAGCAAGCGGAAGCAGCGGCCACCUCCACAAUGGAGGGAGAAGGCGAUAGCAACCAGGAGAUGAGGAACGAGAGCGGAGAAAGUGCAGAAGAUGUGGAGUAUCAGACCGUGCAGGAGGGUGAUGUGAGUGAGGGUGGAGGAAGCAGCAUAGGCAACAAUUUCUCCAAGUAUUCAACACUGGGAGGAGGCAGUGAAGACACACCCACUUUCAAGUGGAACUUUGUCACCAGUAAACUGGCUGAGCUGAAGACCAAAAGCAUGGCCAAGAGCAACUAG